AUGACAGGAAACUGGUACGAUAAUUUAUCUAGUGGUAUCAAGGAUGAUACCAGCGCUAUUUGGUCAGCUUUUACGGGAUCACGUGGAAAUCAAGAAUUUUCUUAUACGACAAAUUCUUCAGGUGCUAGACGCGGAUCAGAUGUUAUGUCAGUAAUUUCUGAUACAAAUGAAAAUAAUAUUGAAAACACUCCAAAGACAAUCUUUAAUCGUGGUUUUAGUGAUAUUGAAAGACAAAAAGCUGUUGCAAUUAAUGAAUAUGAUACUGUUCAUCGUAAAUAUACGGAAUUAAUUAAUAAAAUCAAACAAAGUACGGAAUCAACAGGAUUUAAUGAACAAGUUGAAUCCUUGAAAACUCAAUUAAAUGAAAAAAAAUUAAAAUUAGAUCAAGUUUCUGAAAAAUUUAAUAGUUUCAAAGAUGUGAAUUUUAACAGAUUGACUGACGCAAUUACUCCUUCAGAAACAAGAAUUGAAGUUAAUCCUGAUAUUGUUGCAGGUCAAAGUGUAUAUGGUUGGGGUGAAACUGCUCAACAAUUAGGUCAAGAAGAAGUUGAAGAAAAUUUAAAUUUAGCUAAUGAUAAUUAUAAUAAUCCAUCACAAGCACAACAGAGAUUAAAUGAAUUAAAAAAAUUGACUAAAAAUGGUUGGUUUACAUUUAAUGGUGAACAUGCUAAUGAAGAACAGAAAAUGGCAGAAAAUGCAGCAAAAAGUUUACGUGGUUGGGGUGAAUCAGCUGAAGAAUUUUCACGUGAAGAAUUACAAGAUUUAAAAGAGCAAAUGGGUUCGCUUAAAAAAUCAACUUCAAAUCAUUUAGAUGAAGCAAUUAAAAAAUUAAAUGAUGCAGAAUCAAAUUUAAAGGAUUCACAAAAUUCUUGGUGGUCAAAUUCCAGUAAUUCAGAUUCGAGUAUUCAUGAAAGUGCUGUUAAAAAUUAUGAAUUAGCUAAACAAGAAUACGAUCAAGCAAUGAAAGAUUUUGGAAAUUUUGAAAAUAAGAUAAUUAAUGGUAUUCAAACAAAAUGA